CAAAAUUCAGAAGCAGAACGCGAGAGAGGAAUAAGAAGCGAGCAAUUAAGGAGAAGAGAAAGAGAGAGGACAAACAGGACGAGUGCGUGAGGAAAUAAACUAAUACGACAUCGUCAGAUCUUCCUACACACACACUCACACACACACUCACACACACACAGGCAUGAGUAAUCGCUCCAUUGCGUGGUGGCUCAGACGGAUCGGCCUGCCGCAGUACACACAGACCCUGGAGAGAGAGUAUUAUGGGCUGGAGGGUCUGUUGAUGGUGACUGAUGGUGACCUGAUGUCGAUGGGUGUUGAAGAUGCUGAUCACAGAGAGACCAUAUUAACUAAUCUCCAAAAACACCAGCAGAGCUUACAGCCAGGUUCACCCACUGUUCAAUUUCUGGCCUCGCCACUGACACACACAGAGCGUUUCCAGGCCAGAGGGAAGAAAGUUAGCAGGAAGUUCUCGCUCAGUUCAUCUGACCUAUUUCGCCAGAGCAUCGUUCCACGCUUCAGUCGCCGUGACAACCAUACCCUCUCUAUCUCCUGCUCCAAUCUUCACCCACUCGAUGAUCGGCGUCACACCAUCAGCAUCAAACCCAAACACAGCAAGAGGAAGAGUGUCGGAGUCUUCAUCACACAGGUGUUUUCGAGCCGUAAGGACAUGGACUCUCUGAAGAAAGAACUGGAAGAGGAGCUUAAACUCAGCACUGACGAUAUCAGGAGUCAUGCCUGGUAUCACGGGCAGCUACAGAGAGAGGCAGCAGAGGAGCUGUUGAAAAAUGACGGGGAUUUCUUGGUGCGAGACUCUAGCACGAGUGGCGGUGACUAUGUCCUGAGCUGCAUGUGGAAAAAGCAGUACAUGCACUUCAAAAUCAUCCGCAUUGUCCUCCGGCCAAAACAGGGUUACUCAAGGGAGCUGUUUCAGUUUGAGAAUGAUCAGUUCGACAAUAUUGCCGCUCUGGUGCGCUUCCAUGUAGGCGGACGUCGGCCAAUAUCACAGGCUUCCGGAGCUGUCAUCACUCACCCAGUCACACGCACCCUUCCUCUGCGGGUCAUCAAUGAGCGCCAGGCAGUGAGGUCGUCAAGCACAAGCUCUGCAACAGCACCACACUUGUCAGGAGAGAAGGGCAAGAGGCGGAGCUUGAGCUCCACACAUAUGGACAUGCUUCAGUUCAACAGUUACAACCUGCUCAGGAGUGGCAGUCAACCUGCUAAUCUAGAGACAGUAGGAAGACCAUCACUACAGUCAGCACAAUCAGAUAGCAACCUUCGACCAGCUGUACCCCAGAGCACUCCAGCGCAGGAUCCUCUCUCCCCGGUGUUCCGUACAGGCAGCGAUCCUUUACUCAGCCCUGGCUCCACCCACUCACACAAUCCCAGCCAAUUAGCGGCAGGAGGCUGCACACUCCGGGGUUCUGAUGGACAGCUGCAUUCUCGGGCUCCACCCAAACCAAUCAGAGUUUCCACCCUGUUUCCAGCAAACUCACCGACCAUACCACGGAUCGAGGUCAACCCUGCCUCCCUCUACGAUGAACUUGUGCCUCAGAUCCCUCAGUCAAUGAUGCCCAAAGGUCCAGCAGCUCGUCUCCGUGCUCAAGAGAAAUGGACCAGCCGGGCGCGUAUCACCGAGACUAGCUUUGCUUUUCUUGAGGCACAGAGAGAUGAGGAAGAGCAAGAGGCAGAGGUGGAGAAGAAGGAGAGAGACAGAGUGACGGAGGUAGCGAGAAAUGGAGAUGACUGGCGAUUCCUCCAUCCGGAGACAGAGACAACCUCAUCCUUUCGCCUGGAUGCAUUCCGCUCACUGCUGCUGCCCGACAACAACCGGCCGCUGGAGCAGAGCGUACUACACUCCCUCAAAGAGCUGUUCGCUCGCACUGAUGUUAACACCACAGCUCUGCACAUGCUCAGUGUGGAUUGCCAGGUGGCACGUGUGACGGGUGUGACGGAGGAGCAAAAGAGGAUGAUGGGAGUGAACUCAGGACUGGAGCUCAUCACUCUGCCACAUGGGAGCCAGCUCAGACAGGACCUGCUGGAGAGACAUCACCUGUUAGCACUGGGCGUGGCCGUGGACGUGCUAGGCUGUACCAGCUCGGUCAAUCAGAGAGCGCUGGUGCUCCAUAAGGCCAUCCAGCUGGCCCAGGCUCUGCGCUCUACUGCUCACGACCUCUACGCCUUCAGUGCCAUCAUGAAGGCCCUUGAGCUGCCGCAGCUGACCCGGUUGGAGAUGACAUGGCGAGUGUUGAGGAGGAACCACACGGAGAGUGCUGUGAUGUUUGAGAAAACCCUGAAGCCCUUCAUGAAGGCACUCAAUGAGGGUGAUGAGUCGGUGGUGUCUGGUCCCCUGUCCCUGCCCCACAUGGUGCCAUUGUUAAAGCUGAUGGAGGGAGAGGAUGGAGUGGAGAACAGUGAGAGAGGUUGCCAGCUCCUCUACAACAUCCUACAGUCCUCACGUCACGCCGCUAAUCACGCUAACGACUACCAACAACACGCACACACACUGCUAUCAGGUUGGGAGCCAAUCCCGGAGCUGCUGGAGGUCUUCCACACCGAGUUUGCUCUGCGUCUGUUCUGGGGUCACGCCGGAGCCGAGGCAGGCAGAAAGGAACGCUAUGAAAAAUUCGACAAGAUCCUCACCAUCCUCUCCAACAAACUGGAGCCUGCUCAGCCCUCUGAACUUUGACCUUUGAACUUCCAACUCUCACCAUGACAGGACACAGGAAGUCAGGCCCAAACCAGUUUUCUCUGAUUGGAUGAAAGACUUUUUUCUGAAGCUGAGGAAAAUUUUUCUCUGAUUAGCCUUGAGCAGUGGAAAGCUUUUCUCUGAUUGGACGAAAGCAGUGGAAAGCUUUUCUCUGAUUGGACGAAAGCAGUGGAAAGGCUUUCUCUGAUAGGACGAAAGCAGUGGAAAGGCUUUCUCUGAUAGGACGAAAGCAGUGGAAAGGCUUUUUCUGAUUGGACGAAAGCAGUGGAAAGGCUUUCUCUGACUGGACAAAAGCCAUGUAAGGCUUUCUCUGACUGGAUGGAAUUUCUGGAUUUAGCAAAAGUUUAUAUCUGAUUGGAUGGAGUCACAGUGAAGCUUCUCUCCCAUUGGAUGGGAUCUGGUUUGAACUUGUGGAACUGGCUAAAGUUUGUGGGCUUUUUUUUAUAAUGUAAAAUGUCUUAAUGGCUGGAAUUUGUGGAAGCCUUUUCUCUGAUUGGACGGGAUUCACAGAUAACGUAUGAAGUUUAUCUGCUGUUUGCUCUCAGGUCAAAAAUGAAAACAGAAAAAACACAGAAAAGAAGAUAAGAGUAAAAAAACCUUUCUAGAUGAGCAGAGAGUGACUUCAGACAUUAUCACCAUUAAAGACCUUCAGACGUGUUUACGCAUUCCAUCGUCCACCUGUGUGUGUUUUUAAUGUGUGUGUCCUGAACGAUGUCCGCCUUUGUGCCUCACUGUUUAUGUGAAUGUUUUCUUACGAUGGCAAACACUGGAAAUGCUACAUUUCUUUUGGUAAUAAAACUUUUAAUAUAUUAUACAAGCAUACUGAAUUGAAUCUAAACACACAAAUACACUCUUUGACCUUCUCAGAAAGGAAGCAGGAAGGUGGAACAGAGAGGAGCAGAGCUCAGCUGUGUCCCAAUAACGUCACCAAUUCCCUACACGUCUGACCACGCAACUCUUACUUCCUGUCACUUUCCUUUUAUGUUCUCACGACUAGACUGUGAACGCACAUACAGACCAAAACCCAGCGACCAAAUCCAGUCCAGGAACAGGGACGUUAAAGCAUAAUCCCUUCCAUGCGUAUCAGGAAUUUUGGGAAUUUAAAUUAACCAGAAAAUGAGACAUUUUGCAAACAGAAAUAUGAACUCAGGUGGCCAGUGAAAA